AUGACCGAUUUACAGAAUAGUACCUCUACGACGGGCAAAAACAAAUUAGUAGUUGAUCGUGAGAAUACGGUCCCGUUUUUACUACGAAUGUUUUGGCAGCAAGGCGCUCAUCAUAGGCCUGAAGAUUACACGCCUGACCAUCUCCCUACUGAAAAUGAAAUACAACUAUACACGUGGAAAGAUGCUACAUUGAAAGAAAUUGCUAAUCUCAUUAAAGAAGUGAACUUUGAAUCUACUCGUUCAAAUGCUCGAAUAUCAUUCAAAUUAGUUUAUAUUGACAAUUUACGUGGAAAAUAUGCAUUUAAAGAUUUGGGUACAGUUUAUAAUAUGACAUCGACUUCUGAUGAUGAUAUAAAUCUUGAUGAUGCAAGAUUUGUUAUCGGAGACUUUUUGGAUGUAGGAGUUUUUCAUGGUGCACCUCCACGAGCUCCUGAAAGGCGAGGUAGUAUCCUAAAAGAUCGAAAUAGAGAUAGAGAUCGAACAAGAAAUAGUUAUCGUAGCGUUGGAAAUGAGCGUCGUGAUAGGGAUCGAGAACGUGAUAGAAAUAACGAUAGAAGGGACGAUCGAAGAGAUGGUAGUUUUAGGGAUAGAAGACGAUAA